AUGUGGGGUUUCAUAGUUGUUUUGCUCGGAUUUCAAUUGGUGCGAAGUUUUCCGCUCGAUGAAUAUUACGUUAAUUACGAAAGGUCACCCACGGGUCAAUCUUACGUGUACAGGUAUCAACCUGAACCGUCAUCGUAUUAUCGACAAUUGAGAAGCGACAUAAACAAACCCAUGUACGUCCCAGGAUUGGGUAUGAAGCCUCAGUAUCACAAUUUGGUAUUCGACUACGUAAAAUCCUUCGGUGGCACUGAACCACCCACGUUUGUUAAUGCCGUACAACCUAGUAAUUAUUACGUACCGAAUAAGAUUAUUUUACAAGGUGACGAAACAGUUCAAAACAGCAACAUAGUACAAACCGUCGUCGAUAGAGCUGGAGUACCCGUUGAUCCGACAGUCGGUACUGUCAUGACGAAACCCCAAGUAAACAAAUACGUACUUCCGUCGGAUAUAUCAGCACUUCCGAAAAGUCAAAUAAGAGGAAAUGUAAAUUCGAUUAAAAUGAAAAAGAUUAAGGAUAGUUCAAAGAUGGUGACGAGUUUGCCACCCAUCGGUGGCGUCGUGUCAAAUUAUGUUCUUUUGAGAAAUCAACCGAAUUAUCAAAAUCUUUUAAGACUUCCGUUAUCGUCGAUGAAAAAAAAUGAUGCUUAUCAAACGAAAAGAGAAACGUUUGAUGAAGAUGAUGAUUCCGUUGUUGUGGUCGCCGAACCUUUGAAAAGUAGUAAAAAUAACGAAAAACAAAUCAAACGAAAAGAAGGAGAAGAAGAAGGAGAAGAAGGAGAAGGAGAAGAAAUGACGAAAAAUGACGAAAGGGAAGAAGGGGAUGAAAAACAAGAACUUCAACCGAGUAUAGCACAGAGUAAACCCUCAGCAAUCGCUUUGGCUGGACUUGGAGGAAUAGCACAAGCAUCUCCAAUGGGAACCGCCGUCGUCGGUCAAGGUGGUUUAGCAGUAUCAGCACCCAGCGGUACCGCCAUAGCCGGAAAUCCAUUUCUUACAAAUAGAGCUUUUUAUCCUGUUAACAUAGUCACACCAUUUGCUCAACCUGGACCUAUUUUUUAUCACGAACCUACACAAAUCAUACCCGUGGCUUAUUCUAAUCCGCAAUUUAUUCCAUCAUCUCCAACCGUUGAAUACGAAAAAAAUUAUCCGUUACCCGAAUUAUCGAUAUCGCAAAAUCGUUAUCAAAAUUAUCAGGAAAUAAGACCGAUAAAAAAAUUUCAAAGAUCUUUCGGACCUUUGAAACCUUCUCAAUAUUCACAAUCGUAUCCAAUUUCGGGACCACCACAAUCCGAACCCGUAAAACCUUUGACGUCAUCUCCUGCCGUACCAUCACUUAAAAUGAACAUCGAACCGUCACAAGAAAAUUUUAAUAUUUUACGUACGGUUUUAAGAUUACCAGGUUGCGAAUCGAAUAAAUUUAAAACGGGGGAUGAUAAAAAUGUUCCCACGAUAAUAAUACAAGAAGAAGAAGAUCCUCCACCGCAAUAUCCGGACGAAAUAAGUAAAAUCUAUAUUGAAGAUGAAUAUUCUGAUAAUUAUCACGAUGAAGGUUUACCACCUCCACCACCACCACCACCGGAAAAAUCAAAUCCUUUAAAUUAUCCAUAUCAAUAUUUCGAACCAGUUAGAUUUUAUACGAAUGAAGGACCUCCGGAUCAAAUACAUAUAGUACCAGUACCGAUAAAUGAUAAAAAUACGAUACCCGUUUUAAAGACACCCAUAACAUUGCUACCAUCGAGAUUUCCACCGAGAAUCGAACAACUCAUCGAAAGAAUUCAAACGUAUUUUUCAACGUACAAUUUACAAGAACAUCAAAAACCGGAGAAGAGUACUACUACGACGACGACAACAACAACCACGACUACAACAAUGGCUACGACAACCGUCGAAGAUACCAUGGUAUCAACAAUGCCACACACAGAAUCCAACAAUACGAAUCCGAUGAUCCAACAAAAUACAAACAACGAAAUUGAUAAAAAUCCAUCGGAACAAACAAAUUCAGUCACAUCUAAAAUGGAAUACGUACCCGAUGGAAACGGAAGUACCGAAAAAACAUUCGUUAAAACCAUGUGUGAAAAUCCGGAAACGGAAACACAAUCGACCGUAACGGACAACAUAUCUGACAUCUCUACAAAUUCGUUUAACGCGAUAACCGACAACAACAAUUUCCAACAAACAUCGAAUAAUGAUUUUACCACCAUCGAAGAAUCCUCGACGUUUUCCCCCGUUCAAAUAACUCAAACAUCGGAAAAUUUAUAUCAAACAAACGAUGAAACGACAAAUUAUUUACAACAAACAUCGGGACAAGAAUUUUACACAAGCGAAUAUCCAACAAACACUGAUAAAAAUUUAACAAACGAUACGUUCGAAUAUAAUAUUCAAAAUGACGAUAACACCGUAACAAAUAUUACAACGACAACAAAUACAGAAAAUAUAAAUUCGGAAGAAGUACAAACGACAACCACAACAAUCACAACAACCACAAAUUAUCAAAAUAAUUACGAUCAAUCAUUAUUUAAUAUGGCGUCAUCAAAUAAUGAAAUAACACAAGAUUCAACAACAACAAAUCAAAUUUUUUCUUAG